AGGCGGUACUUUCUCCGCGGUUCGUUUCGCGGCGCCGGAGAGCGUGUUGAGCGGGACCAGGGCUGGCGAGACCUGCCGGGGGGAAGCAUCAAGCCGCAAGAACCAGUCCAUUCCAGCACGGAGCCUCGCCUUCUUGGCAGACCCUGCUGCGCCGUGCGCUCUUCUUCUUUUGGAAGAGGACUGCAUCACAUUCCUGUGAACUCAAACUGCUUUUAAUGGCAUGUGGCUUGUAACUUUACUUCUGCUGUAUUCUUUGCAAGAAGUCAACAGUGAGGAUGUUGUCUCCACGCGGCUGUACUUUGUGAACGCCUCCCUGCAGCGAGUGACCUUCUCCAGCUCGGUGGGGGUGUCCCUGCCCUGCCCCGCGGGCGGCGCCCCCCAUGCCGUCCUGCGCUGGUACCUGGCUGCCGGCGACGACAUUUACGACGUACCCCACAUCCGCCACGUGCACGCCAACGGCACCCUCCAGCUCUACCCCUUCUCUCCGUCCGCCUACAACAGCAUCAUCCAUGACAACGAGUACUUCUGCACCGCCGAGAACCAGGCGGGAAAGAUCCGGAGCCCCAGCAUUCACAUCAAAUCAGUGUUCAGGGAGCCAUACACAGUCCGUGUGGCUGACCAGCGCUCCAUGCGGGGUAAUGUCGCUGUCUUCAAGUGCCUCAUCCCCUCUGCUGUCCAGGAGUACGUCAGCGUGGUGUCCUGGGAGAAAGACACGGUGUCCAUUGUCCCAGGUAACCGUUUUUUCCUGACCUCUUUUGGCGCUCUGUAUAUCUCAGAGGUGCAGAAGGAAGACGCUCUGUCCACCUAUCGCUGUAUCACAAAGCACAAGUACAGCGGAGAGACUCGGCAGAGCAAUGGAGCCAGGCUCUCUGUUAUGGACCCUACGGAGUCCACCCCGUCAGUGCUGGACAGUUUCCAGUCCGGUGAGGUGAAGGUAGGGCACAGCGUGGAGCUGCCCUGCAUCGCAUCCGGCUACCCGAACCCCACCAUCAGGUGGUUAAAAGACGGGCGGCCCUUGCCGGCAGACUCCCGCUGGACGCGCCGCAUCACAGGCCUCACCAUUUCCGACUUGAGGUUGGAAGACAGCGGCAACUACAUCUGUGAGGUUACAAACAGCUUCGGCUCCAAAGAGGUGACGGGUCACCUCAACGUCAUAGAGCCCUUGCGGGUCACCUUGUCCCCCAAGAACCUCAAGACAGGAAUCAGCAGCACGGUCAUCCUGUCCUGUGCUGUCCAGGGUUCUCCCCACUAUACUGUGUCAUGGUACCGUAACACGGAGCCCGUCCUGCCUGACCAACACUUCUCCAUCCAGGGCUCUCACAAUGAGACCUUGUUCAUUUCUGCCGCCCAAAAAAGACACUCAGGAGCUUACCAGUGCUUUGCCAUGCGCAAGGGUCAAACUGCCCAGGACUUCUCCAUCAUUCUGCUGGAAGACGGCACGCCGCGUAUUGUGGCCUCCUUCAGCGAGAAGGUGGUGGUCCCAGGCGAGCCCUUUUCCCUGAUGUGCACCGCCAAAGGAGCGCCUCCCCCAACCAUCACCUGGACCCUGGACGACGAGCCCGUGGCCCGCGAUCUGUCCCGUGUGCGAGCCAGCCAGUACACGCACUCGGAUGGCAGCACCGUGAGCUACGUCAACGUCAGCAACCCCCAGAUUCGCGACGGAGGAUUGUAUCGGUGCGCCGCACGAAACUCGGCCGGUAGUGCCGAGUACCAAGCGCGCAUAAACGUAAGAGGCAAUCCAAGGAUUCGGCCGAUGAAAAACAUCACAGCCGUGGCAGGACGGAGCUCUUUUGUAAACUGCCGCGUGAUCGGCUACCCGUAUUAUUCCAUCAACUGGUACAAGGAAGGUCUUCUGCUGCCUGACAACCAUCGACAGGUGGUGUUCGAAAACGGCACCCUGAAGCUCACCGAUGUCCAGAAGGGGAUGGAUGAGGGGGCGUACGUCUGCAGCGUGCUCAUACAACCUCAGCUGUUCAUCAAGCAGACUGUAUACGUCACAGUCAAAGUUCCUCCCCUGAUCCAGCCGUUCGACUUCCCACCGACCUCCAUCGGUAAGCUGAUGUACAUCGCCUGCGUGGUGGCGUCCGGCGACAUGCCCAUACGCAUCACGUGGCGCAAGGACGGCCAGGAGAUUGUGCCGUCGUCGGGCAUCACCAUCGACACCAAGGAGUUCAUGAGCUCCCUGCAGAUCUCCAAGGUGUCGCUCAAGCACAACGGCAACUACACCUGCAUUGCCAGCAACGACGCCGCCACUGUGAGCACAGAGAGGCAGCUCACGGUCACAGUGCCUCCUCGUUUUGUGGUGCAGCCCAACAACCAGGAUGGAAUCUAUGGGAGGUCGGGGAUUCUAAACUGUUCAGUGGAUGGGUACCCUCCCCCUAAGGUCAUGUGGAAGCAUGCCAAAAGUGCACUAGCGGGUAUUGGGAGCCCACAGCAGUACCACCCUGUGCCUCUGACGGGCCGCAUACAGAUCAUGAAUAAUGGCUCGCUGCUCAUCCGGCACGUCCUGGAGGAGGACCGUGGCUUUUACCUGUGCCAGGCCUCCAACGGGGUGGGCUCCGACAUCAGCAAGAGCAUGGUGCUCACUGUUAAGAUCCCAGCCAUGAUCACAAGCCACCCCAACACCACCAUGGCCAAGAAGGGUCACAUUAAGGAGCUGAACUGCACCGCCAGGGGAGAAUGGCCCAUCAUCAUUCGCUGGGAGAGGGGCGACACCGUCAUCGACCCUGACCGCAAUCCCCGCUACUCUAUUACCACCAGCCCCAACGAGAAGACGGACGAGGUGUUGUCCACCCUCAAGCUGAAGCCAGCAGAGCGUGAGGACUCGGUCUUCUUCUCCUGUCACGCCAUCAACUCGUACGGUGAAGGGCGAGGGCUCAUUCAGCUCACUGUGCAAGAGCCUCCAGACCCUCCGGAACUGGAGGUACGAGAAGUGAAAGAUCGCAGUAUGAACCUACGGUGGACUCAGCGCUUUGACGGGAACAGCGUCAUCACCUCCUAUGACAUUGAGUACAAGAACAAGACCGAUUCCUGGGAGCUGAAGCACGCAACUCGUAACAUCUCCCCCACUAACAAUCAGGCCAACAUAGUGGACCUCCACCCAGCCUCCGUCUACAGCAUCCGCAUGUACUCCUACAACGCCAUCGGCAAGAGCGAGGCCAGUAAGGAGCUCACCAUCAGCACGGAGGAAGCUCAACCUGAUGGUCCUCCUAUGGAUGUCAUCCUGCAGCCGGUGACCUCUCAGAGCAUCCGUGUCACUUGGAAGGCUCCCAGGAAGGAGCUUCAGAAUGGAGUAAUCCGAGGUUACCAGAUCGGUUACAGAGAGAACGGCCCAGGCAGCAACGGUCAGUACAGCAUCGUGGAGAUGAAGGCGACUGGAGACAGCGAAGUGUACACACUGGACAACCUCAAGAAGUUUGCCCAGUACGGCGUGGUGGUUCAGGCCUUCAACAGAGCCGGGACCGGGCCUUCCAGCUCCGAGAUCAACGCUACCACACUGGAAGAUGUUCCUAGCCAGCCUCCUCAGAAUGUCCGCGCCAUCUCCGUCACGUCGGACGAGGCUGUCAUCUCCUGGGCCGAACCUCCCAGGAUGACCCUGCACGGCGUUCUGAAGGGCUACCGUGUCAUGUUUCGGCCCGUCUUUCCCGACGGAGAGUGGGGUGAGAUGCAGAACAUCACCACCACUAAGGAGCAGGUGGAGCUGAGGGGUCUGGAGAAGUUCACCAACUACAGCAUCAAGGUGCUAGCCUACACGCAGGCUGGCGAUGGUGUACGCAGCAAAGUCCUGUACCUCCAGACCCGAGAAGACUACCCUGGGCCCCCAGCUGGCAUCAAAGCUGUGCCCUCCUCUGCCAGCAGUGUUGUGGUGUCCUGGUUACCCCCUCAUAAACCAAAUGGAAUCAUCCGCAAGUACACCAUCUACUGCUCCAGCCCCGGCUCGGGCCAACCGAUGCCCAGCGAAUACGAAGCCAACCCACAGCUCGUCUUCUACCGCAUCAGCCACCUCAACCACCGGCAGCAGUACCUGAUCUGGGCCGCGGCCGUCACCACCGCAGGACGGGGGAAUUUUAGCGACCAGGUCACCGUGGAACCCGCCGCUAAGGCCCCAGCUAAGAUCUUGUCGUUCGGGGGUACGGUGACCACACCAUGGAUGAAAGAGGUACGACUGCCCUGCAACUCCGUAGGAGAGCCGACACCAACUAUUAAGUGGACCAAAGACAGUGAGAACACAGCCAUCCCAGUGUCUCUGGAUGGACAGCGUCUCAUCAUGUCCAACGGCACGCUGGUGCUGCGCUCGGUCAAAGCAGAAGAUUCUGGCUACUACACCUGCACGGCCACCAACACGCUGGGCUUCGACACCAUCAUCGUCAAUCUUUUAGUGCAAGUUCCUCCAGACCAGCCUCGUCUCACUGUUUCCACCACAUCCACCUCCUCCAUCACGCUGGCCUGGAUACCAGGAGACAAUGGCGGGAGCUCUAUCAGAAGUUUCGUGCUGCAGUACUCUGUGGACAACACAGAGGAGUGGAAAGAUGUGUUCAUCAGUUCCACCGAGCGCUCCUUCAAACUGGACAACCUGCGCUGCGGUACAUGGUACAAAGUCAAGCUGGCGGCCAAGAACAGCGUGGGAGCGGGACGCAUCAGCGAGAUCAUUGAGGCAAAGACACACGGCCGAGAGCCCCAAUUCAACAAGGACCAGCCUGUCUUCACCCACAUCAACUCCAGCCACGCCCGCCUCAACCUGCAGGGCUGGGCCAGCGGUGGCUGUCCGAUCAGCACCGUGACCCUGGAGUUUCGGCCGAAAGGCACAUGGGCGUGGCAGAACGUGCGCACUAACGCCACUGCUGACGUGUUCCUGGCUGAGCUGCGCGAGGCCACCUGGUACGAGCUGAAGAUGAAAGCCUGCAACAGCGCCGGCUGUGGCAACCAGAGCUCCCAGUUUGCCACACUGGAUUAUGACGGCAGCACAAUUCCUCCAAUCAAGUCCCCCCUGGAAAAGAAUGACAAUGUGAAGAAGCUGUUUUCUAUCGGCUGCCCCGUGAUCCUGGUCACUCUCGGCGUGGCGCUCCUCUUCAUCAUUCGCAAGAAACGCAAAGAAAAGAGGCUGAAGAGACUCAGAGAUGCCAAAAGCCUGGCAGAGAUGCUGAUCAGCAAAAACAACCGAAGCUUUGAUACGCCAGUGAAGGGGCCGCCUCAGGGCCCACGCUUACACAUCGACAUCCCGAGAGUGCAGCUGCUGAUCGAAGACAAAGAGGGCAUCAAGCAGAUCGGCGAGGACAAGGCCACCAUACCAGUGACAGACACCGAGUUCAAUCAGACCGGGAACCCACAGAGCUUCUGCGCAGGUGUGUCCGUUCACCACCCUGCUCUCAUCCAGAACACUGGUCCUUUGAUUGACAUGUCAGACAUCAGACCAGGAACCAAUCCAGUUUCAAGGAAGAGCAUCAAAUCUGCCCACAGUAUCAGGAACCGCUACUCCAGUCAGUGGACCCUGACCAAGUGUCAGGCCUCGACACCGGCCCGCGUUCUUGCCUCAGAUUGGCGCACGGUCGGCUCGCAGCACGGCAUCACCGUCACGGAGAGCGACAGUUACAGCGCCAGCCUCUCACAGGACACAGACAAGGGUCGUAACAGCAUGGUGUCGACGGAGAGCGCCUCGUCCACCUACGAGGAGCUGGCCAGAGCGUACGAGCACGCCAAGUUGGAGGAGCACCUGCAGCACGCCAAAUUUGAGAUCACGGAGUGCUUCAUCUCCGACAGCUCGUCCGACCAGAUGACCACGGGCACCAACGACAACGGCGACAGCAUGACGUCCAUGAGCACGCCCUCAGAGCCCGGAAUUUGCAGAUUCACCGCCUCACCGCCCAAACCCCAGGACUACGAUCGAGGCAAGAAUGUUGCGGUGCCCAUCCCGCAUCGUGCCAAGAGUGACUACUGCAACAUCCCUCUCUACAUGAAGUCCGAUCCAUUCUUCCGAAAGCAGUCAGAGCAUCAUGACCCGUGCCCAGUGGUCCCACCCCGUGAAGCCUCCAUUCGCGGCCUCGCCCAGCGGGCCUACCAUACCCAGGGCCGUCACAUGACUAUGGACUCCAAGCAGCAGGCCCUCACCAUGGGACACUCUGGCCUGUCCAACCUCACCUCAUCUGGAGCUUCUACUGGAGGAGCCUCAGGGGGGAGCGCAGGAGGCAUGUCCACCAGCUCCAGCAGCUCCACGCUCCCACAGAGGACUCUCACCAUGCCGGGCUCCUCAGCCACGGGGGCCCAGAGUGCCGCCGCUGCUGCCGCUGCCACUGCUGCUGCCGCCGCAGCUGGAGCAUCAUCAUCCUCUAGCGGGGGCGGGGCAGCAGGGGCCACAGGAGGCACCCCUGGUGGCGCCUCCUCAUCCUCUAAGAUGGGAGGAUCCAGGGACUCCCUCCUAGAGAGCAGCUCGUCAGGCUUAGGCAGACUACAGAAGCAGAGGGAUGGAGGGGCGGGAGCCUACUCCAAGUCCUACACACUGGUGUAGCCUUGACGUCAUGGUGGCCUGCCUCUGGAACUUCUAUUAAAAAGAUCAGCCAGCGCUUGUCUGGAGCCUCUAUUGACAAGUGGGGUGAUGAAGACGCCAAUGCCCAGCUCACCCGUCGGUGCCUGCACUGUGCCAGGCUGCAGGGGGCUGCUCGGGCUCCCAUCAACACUGCAGUAAGAAGGAGUUUGGGGCUCCACAGCACAGGGGGUGGCCUUUCUUUCUGUCUGAUCACAUUUCUGUUCCUACUGCGUUUCCCCACCUCUUAUGGCACCACGUUUAUUGAUCCUCUUCACAUGUUCAUCUUCUGGUUGGGCCAACUUAUGCACAAAAUCCUUUCCACCAAUUUUACACGGGGGUGUUGAUGUUUGUCAGGUGGGAAAGAGCUAUGGCGGGAUGGUCAUGGCAAAGGUGAUGUUUGUUUCAAACACGUAACAAGUUACAUUGAGCGACAUCAUGUUUACACUGGCACAAGUCAACAUGUCUGGAAAGGAUAAGAAGAAGCAGACUUUAUGUAAUUCUACCCCUUCUCCGUGUCUCAGCAACUACUGAUACAGCGGAACCUCGGUUUUUGUCCUUCUUCCCUUCCAAAAGGUCCAACGAAGACCGGAACUUGUGAAAAGUGACUCAGUAUUCCUUCUAAGAAAUAAAUAAACGUAAAUCCAAUGAAGCCGUUGCCCCUGCAGCUUGUGUUAACCAAGGACCCUCGACAUUACAAAGACGCCACCUUCGUACUUUGCUACGACUUCUUUCUUGAAUCCAAUCGUGUUGGUGGCAUUUUUUGCAGCCAUAUUCAAUAAAAACAGCACAGAUUCCUCAAACCUUCAGAAUGCCUCAGCAGCCAUCGGCGGACUGAGCGUAUUAAGGGGAAGGAAGAAGACCGAUAUGAGUUGUUCAUCGUUCUGUGUGCGUUCUAUGAACUAAUAAGCCACACAAGGUUCAAGAAUACCACAGCAGAAAUCUGUCUCUAGUGUCCCAGCUCUAAAAGAACCGCUAUCCAUUCCUCACAGAGACUGACUCACCAACCCAUAUCUUCAGCAAUCGUUUUCCACAAAACAAAACAAUCCUAUGAAAAGUGGGCGUAGGAAAACCGAGGUUCCACUGUAGCUCGUCCCUUCCUGUGUUUAAAUGUUGCCAUUUUCUAAACGGCACGACAGGGCGGUGGUCUCCCAAGCUGAAGGUUGCUGGUUCGAUCUUCCGUCCCCCGUGACCAUGUCGAAGUACCCUUGAAGGUAGAAAACAGUUUGAUGAGUGAGUUUCACGGAAUGCUUCACGGCACGCGGGGAAAUCUUGGACAUGCAACACACUGAGGAUUCCAGCGAUGAAAAUAUCAUCUCAUGUGCACUCAAGCCUGUGAGAGUGUGGGUGUGCACGUGUAUGUGUAAAGUCAGGUGUCAAAACAACUUCACCCGCACCUCCAUUUUGCACAUAAUUGCUGCUUUUUGAAUUUUUGUUGCAUUGGAAAGUUAAUUGAAAAGAAAGAAAGGGAAGUUUUCAGUCAACAAGUGAGACGCAAUCAUAAUUCUGUGCUGAAGUCGUUUGAUUCACUGGAUCCCUUUCUACGCCUCCAUCCCCUCCAUGCGGCAUCACUGUGACCGACCUUGAGCAAAGGUUGCAAACACGUGGAGAUGCAAAACAACGCCAACUCCAACUGCACAGUCAGUCAACAAAAAGUGACAUUUAAAGAGAUAGCUGGGACUUUCACACAUGAAGUUGUGUGACAUGCCCAUCAGCGGUGUAGUACAUCAAUAGUUACUUACCCCCCCAAUUGGUCCCGUGAGUCAGGUUCUGGUCGGAUGGGUUCAUUGAAGUAAAGAGUUUGGCUUUUCAAAACAAUAUGCGUUCAAAAGAGUAAUACCUUUCAGCAUAAAAACGCCUCCUCCAAGAAAUCAGACCUCACAAAUGGCUCGGUGUUAUAUUUGCCCCCCCCCGCCGUGUCCCUGCACACCGUCGCCUGUCCAUUCUUGUGUAUGUCAUGAAGACGCUCACAUCAACGGAGCGGCGCGGCCAACUGAUUUUUUUCAAGGAGGCGUUUUUGUGCUGCAAAUGUUGAACGCAUAUUGUGAGAAGAAACGCUUGACUUAAAUGACCCAGCAACCAAGCGCAGCUACGUUCCUCGUCACGGAAAUUGGACCAGAACUACACUCACUGAGCAAAGUGGGGGGGUCGUAAGUCGCUGUUGAUGGUGAUGGGGGUGUCAUGCAACUUCAUGUCAAAAAAUCCCAACUGUGCCUUUAAGGUAGGAGUUUAGAGUGCGGCAUGGUACCGUAUGAUUUUCACCAUUUACUCCCAAAGCUUAGUCCCAUAACAAAGAAUCAGUCCAAAACAGUUUAAAAAAAACAAAACAGAGUUGCUCCAAAUGUUUUUCAAUGAUUAAACUUCACAAACAUCAGGGCUCUCGCAAUAGAAAAAGAUAUGUUUGUUUUUAAGAUUUAAAAAAACUAUAUGUACAUAUAUAUUUCUAUUUAAAUAUAUUGCGAUAUAUGACUACUGAGAACUAUUAAAGCCGUUCUAACUGAAAAUAUAUUAGAAAAGAUCACACAAGACAAUCGCUCAGAGAGAGAGAGGAGGAAGGAAGGAAGGAAGGGAGGAGGAAGUUUAACGGGUCAUGGCGAGGAAAGGCAAAAACGAAGAGGUCGGCGGUGUCAUUUUCAGGAAGUCCCUUGUGAAAAAGCACAGUGUGGUUGUCGUGAGAGAUUGUGUCGCUAAGUAGAACAGAAGCUUGGUGUUGAACAAGAAAGAGAGUGAAAACAAGUAAGUUGUGACGUGUCGUAUUGUACCUUCAAGUCAAUACCAUCACCCGACGAGAGGUUUGUCUUUAUGAUUCCACACUAGACAGCUCAUCAUUUUGGCCUUUGCUGUAACAUUAGGUUUCAAAAAACACGCAGCAAGCGGGUGUUAUGGUCCAGCCUGCUGCCGCCAACUAGUCGGGCUUUUGCGCCCUCUGCCGGUGGCUGCCUGGUAUUGCAUCCAUUCAUGCUGAACGUCUUGCUUCACACGUUUAAUAAAACUUCAACAUUUUACAAACUUGUUUCAAGCUGAAAAUGUUAUUGAUAUUCACCAUAUGGACCAAAUUUAUUGUUUUUAUUGGAUAUUUUGUCAUCUUUUGGUUUAUGAAUGAUGCAAGUAAAUGUCUACAAAAAUUCAUGGAUACCAAAAAUAAUGAUUAAAGAUGUAAAAAUCAUUUUGCUUAAAGAGUCUUCGCAUACUAUAUUACGUCUGUUAGCCAUUACAGAAGCUAAAUGGUAUUCCUUUAGAUGAGGGGGGGUGGUCUGGUAUGUUUGUUCAUCGCUGUCAAACCGCUAGUCAUCUUUUUCAAAGAUUCAUCUGACCAAAACCGAAAUGUGAAACCUCCAUUUUCGUUAGUACGGUCGUCCCUCGCCACAAUUUUGCGACUUCAUUGUAUCCUUUCUUGAUUUGUCUAAAUAAAUAUAUUGAUGAAUAAAUCAUUGUUUCGUGGUUGACUACAAAAAGACGCAUAUUUAAGCGUUCCAUCAGUGUUCCAUCGCGGUUCACCUUUCACGGACUCGCUGUUUUGUCCGGCGCCAUUACGCGAUAAAUGAAUCCGGUUUGAGGAGGAGGAGUACUGCAGCAACUUGUUUUAAAAACGCUACAGUACAGCCCGAUGGCGCCAGGACGAAGAGGCACGGGCACGGGAGUGAAAUACACGCGGGUCACUUCAUAAUUUCUUGUGUCCGACCUGUUGGUUGAUCAUUAAAAUUCAAAGGAAGGUUUGAACUUUGAGAGUUUAAAAUGUGAAAAAUGUUCAUGCCUGUCUGAGAAAAGUGUAUCAAGUGUUCAGUGAGGGCUUUUACAGCCUUAAAACAUUGGAAACAAAGAAAGUUGGCUUAUUGCGGGCCAUUUUGGGAACCUAUCCCCCGCGAUAAAUGAGGGAACACUAUUUUUGGCCUAAAGGAACUCCUACAAAUAGAAGGCAUUCAGAAGAUGCAUUUAGACGUGAUGCUAUGCAGUACUCUACACUGGUCACCGGGUGGCAGUAAUGUUACAUUGAUGAGGCUGCAGGAAGUACGGUACCGAAACCAGACAUAAAAAACAACAACAAGGGACUCUCCCAACGCUGACAUGUGAGUCUAUGUUAUUCUCUUAUAUUGGGUUGCCUUGGAGAGUAAAUGUGACUGUGGGGGUGUUAUUUCAUGUCUAGAGGGCUCUAAUAAUGUUAAUAAAACUUAUUUAACAGGUUUUCUAUGCUGUCACUACCAAAAUAUUCAAUUUCCGAAUAAGCUAUUGUAUUUCAUGGAAAUUCACUUAUCACCGAUCUGGAAGCGAUUAAGUGCGAUGAACGAGGGAUUCCUUUCAUCCGUUCCAAAAGGCAAAAUGUGAAACUUCACUUUUGUUAAAAAGUCAAGACAAAAAGCGAACCAUAGAAAAUCAUGUCAAUGAAAUUAAUCCGUUCCAGACACCCAAAAAUAUUGACAACAAAUACAUUUUGUACUUAUACUGUUUGGUACUGUAGCACUGACCCGUACAGAUCCACCACGCUUACGCCACUCGUGUACUUUGCUGCGAGUGUUUUUCACCUUCUUUACCAACGUGCUGGCACUUGCAACUGUCUUUGGCCCCAUGGCGGUUAUUUAGUAGUCGCACUCAAGAAAGGAAUGCACAGAGACUGACUCACUCACGCCUCGGAUGUUUGGCCGCUUGAUUUUGCGAAAUGACACACGAGCAAGCGGACGAGCGCAGUGUUCAAGACCUGAGAGGGCGUACGAAAACCGAGGUUUCACUGGAGUUUUAUCAUGAUUUAUGCUGUUUUUCAACGUCCCAAAAUGUGUAACUGCAGUCUUUUCGUGGGACAGUGCCGAUAGCUAAAAGAUUAGCUUGGUUCAGUUUCACAUCGGUGACAAAAUGCGCCCGUCUUUUUUGAAAGUAAUGACAUUUCCAAACCGUAGGGGAGCCCUUGAGUUUCAUGGUGUGUUAUUCCUUGGGGCUGGGGUGUCCCAACUGCAGCCUGGGGGUGGAGUUUGCUUUUUGCACAAUAUGGAAAUUAAAUAAAAGCAAAAUAAUAAAAGAAAAAAGGCACAAAGUAAAGAUACGAAGCUGAAAUGUUGAUAUCAGUAACUUACAACACAAAUUUGCUUUUUUGUUGGCCUUUUUUAGCCUUUUUUACAAAAUAAAAAAUAUGUUUAAAAAAAUGUGUUUGAGAAUAUGUUUGGACACCCCUGCCUUUGACGAGCCAUUUCGGAAAAGAGCCUCGCUUGGCUUUUCAUCUCUAAAGCAAACUUUUUUUCUUUGUUUGAAAUGUGUCCAGAACACUUUUAUUCCUGAAAUGUUUCCUAUCCAAUCCCCCUCCGACACCCUCCCUGCCCCCCCCAUUUCAUUUAAUUUCUGUUGCAUAAUAGAAAAGUUGUGUACAUAGAAAGUGUUUUUGUAUAAAUGAGUACUAUUUUCAACAUGUUCACUAGCAAGCAGGGCACAAUGUAAAGUGUAAACACAAGUUAUUGUCAUGAAACACAAGAGGACUUCAUGGGGAAAAGAAACGUCCAAAAAUAGAGAAUUCUACACAAAUGGCUUUAUCUUGAUUUAGUGAAAUAUGUCAGAGUGGACCACAAAUAAAACUCACUUUCUUCUUUUACAGGACAUUUUGCUUGCAUUGUCUCCUUUGUUGACUUUUUUUCUGCUUUGUUUUUUCCUACGUGGUCACCAGUUGAGGACAGAAGCGUUUGCAUGUUCUGAUGUUGGUGCAAAAGAGAGGCUUCAUGAAAAAACGUUUUAAAAAUGAAAAAGCUUGUUCCUUCAUCCAAAUUUGACGGGCAAACAUUUGCUCCGGUUUGCAACUGCUUGCGUUGAACUCGACAUUUUCUUUUUUCUAUGAAAAUAAAGGGAAAAAAUUUAUUAAAAAAAAAAAGUACUCGACACCUUGUGCAAUAAAGCUAUCUUUUUAUCAA